AUGAUCCAUCAAAGUAACAUCACAUUUUUAACUUUGAUAAAAAAUUUAAGCUCAGUAUUGAAUACGGUUUCACAGACAACAGAUGAUGGAACAGAAUUACCUCCUGGGAGCUAUUCGUUUACUCAGUUCCUUUGCAAUUCUUCUUAUGUCACGGACGAUAGCAAUACUUCCCUUACUGGCAAUGAUACGCAGAAGGAUUAUUUAGGUGGCCACAGUAUAUGGCAAGUAGUAUUAAUAGCCUCCUUUAGUGGCAUAAUUGCCCUAGUGACUGUUAUAGGAAAUAUCUUAGUUAUUUUAGCUUUUAAGAUUAAUAAACAGCUAAAAACAGUCAACAAUUAUUUCCUGCUAAGUCUUGCCUGUGCUGAUCUCAUCAUUGGCAUUAUUUCUAUGAAUCUCUUUACGACGUACAUUAUCAUGGAUCACUGGGCAAUGGGAAGCCUUGCGUGUGACCUGUGGCUUAUGAUUGAUUAUGUGGCAUGCAAUGCUUCUGUAAUGAAUUUAUUGGUUAUCAGUUUUGAUCGUUAUUUUUCCAUUACAAGGCCACUAACUUACAGAACUAAACGGACUACAAAAAGAGCUGGGAUUAUGAUUGGUUUGGCAUGGAUAAUAUCAUUUAUACUUUGGGCCCCUGCUAUACUUUUUUGGCAGUACUUUGUUGGGAAACGUACAGUUCCUUCUGAUGAAUGCUUCAUUCAGUUCUUGACAGAACCUAUUAUUACUUUUGGAACUGCUAUAGCUGCCUUUUAUCUUCCUGUAUCAAUUAUGACAAUUCUAAACUGGAGGAUCUAUAAAGAGACAGAAAAACGUACUAAGGAAUUAGCUGGUCUUCAAGCUUCUAGCGGGAAUGAAGAGACUGGAAAACUUACAAAUCGGGCCAGUUCAAGAAGUAACAGUAAUUAUGAAAUCCAGCAGAAUAUGAAGCUAUCCUCAAGGAACAGAUACAGGUGGUGCCCUUUCCGUCCCAAAACCAAAACCUGCAGGUCAGAUAUGAGACAAAUAGAACAAGACCAUAGCAGCAGUGAGAGUUGGAACCAUGUAGACGCAAAUGCCUCGCUUGAUAACUCUGGUACAUCUGAUGAAGAUGACACACCUGAAAAUUCCAGAGCAAUUUAUUCCAUUGUGUUAAAACUUUCAGGGCAUCAUACAAUCCUUAGCUCUACAAAAUUACCAACAUCUAAUCAACUGAAUGCAUCACCAGAUGGUCCUCAAAAAUCUAAUGCACAGAACAAAGAAACCAAGUGUAAAACCAUGAACUCACAAAAGAAUUUAAGCAACAGGGGAAGCUACAAAAAGAGUUUUUCUGCAAUUGUAGCAGAAUCAAAAUCUACAGUCCCCAAACCCCAAACUCCACCAACACAACCAUUGGCUGCCAGAACAACUGGCCCUCCUAUAUCUUUUAAAGAGAUAACCCUUGCUAAAAGAUUUGCUGCAAAGACCAGAAAUCAGAUUAAUAAGCGAAAGCGAAUGUCUCUUAUCAAAGAAAAAAAAGCAGCUCAAACACUCAGCGCAAUCUUGUUGGCUUUCAUCAUAACUUGGGCUCCUUACAAUAUAAUGGUUUUAGUUAAUGUAUUUUGCAAGAGUUGUAUUCCCAGAAUAUUUUGGAACUUGGGUUACUGGUUGUGUUAUAUCAAUAGUACAAUUAAUCCUAUGUGCUAUGCACUUUGCAAUAAAACAUUCCGGACUACCUUUAAGACAUUAUUACUGUGCAAAUGGGAUAAAAAAAAACGACGCAAAAAGCAAUAUCAAUUGUCAAAGCCCAUUUUUGCACAAAAAUUUGCCCAAUGA